GGAGAACAUAUUUUUUUGAGCAAAGCAGAGCAGAGUAGAUCUAAAGAACGGGGCCGUGAUGGAAAAACUAAAGUAUGGAGUAUUGGUUUUUUUUUUUUUUUUUUUUUUUUUUUUUUUUUUUUUUUUGUGUGAAAAUUACAGUGGAUGUGCUUCUCUCGAUCCUGAACCUCAACUCAAUGUCCAAUCCUCUCAUCUUUUCCCUUAACACCUCCUCCAUGUCUGCCUUUCUCAAACCCUAAUUCCCCUUCUCUCUCUUCCGCAACUCAUCUCAUCUUCAAUUAUCAUCGGCUUAACCUAUUUCCAUUCGAUUUCUUUGUUUUUGAAUUUCAAUUUUUGUACAGAAAAUAUCGAAAUUUUGGUGUGAAAUGCUACACUGUGGAAUGUUUUAGAAUUGGUGGCAAUGGCGGCUGAUCAACGGAAAAGACGAUUGAGUUCUACUAAUACUGCGUUUGGUUAUGGGGUUCAGGAACAGUAUAAUAGGGCAAAAAAGAGGGAUUUGAGAUCGCCUAAAUAUGAUUUUAAUUUUAACACUCAUGUAUCCCUUAAAUGGGAUGAUAAUGGGAAGAGGGUUGUUGCCAAAGAGGAUCAAAUUGGGAUUUCUUGGAGGCAUUUGAGCCCUUUUAAUCCUUCUGCGCCUUGUAGUAAUACUAAGUUGGCCGAUGUCGUCGUCGUUCCGAAGGAUGUGUUUGAGUUGAAUGAUUUGGCUGAAGUUCUAUCUUAUGAGGUUUGGCAAUCUGUUUUAACAGAAAAAGAGAGAAAUGUCCUUAUGCAAUUUCUUCCUCCCGGAGUUGAAGCUGAUAAAGUUGUGCAAUCUUUGCUUUCCGGUGACAACUUCUGUUUUGGGAACCCUUUAAAAAAAUGGGGUACCUCACUUUGCUCUGGUGAUCUUCACCCUGAUACAAUUCUUCAACAUGAGAAGUCCUUUAAGACUAAUAAAAAAGCAUAUUAUUCCGAGCUGCAACAAUAUCAUGACAACAUGAUAAGGAAUUUGCAACACAUGAAGCAGAGAUGUGCAAGCUCAAAGGAUCCUGAAGCUGAAAUUCAACAGAUAAUCUCUAGACCACGAAGGUAUGAGCAGGGCAUUCUGUCUGAUGUGAACGGACACAAAUUUCACAAAGCUGAUGAGAACGUUGCUGCUAUGUCUGAAUCUCGGUCUUCAAUUGCAGAUGAGAAAAUAUAUUAUAGUGACAAUCAAAAGUUGUCUGUCAUUAGAGAUGCUGAAAUGCAGAAGAGGAUGCGCACUCAGGACCUUAUGAAGGACAAACAUGAGAAGAUGAUGGUGCCUCUUAAUGUUUUGUCAAAACCUAAGAAAGCAGAAAAAUCGCAAAAGCCCAAUUUGAUCCCCAAUGAUGGUGCCAAAUAUAUGUCUUAUGUGAAGAUUAGCAAGAAGCAGCAUGAACUUGUUAAGAGUAUGAGGCAGUCUGGUGCGAGUAUUCAAUCCAAGGCUCUUAACCGUUUGCUGGGUGGCCUUGAUAGUUCCAAUGUAAAACCAUAUGAGAUGUUUGUGGAAGAAGAGCAGAAACGAAUCCAUGAGUACUGGUUAAAUCUGGCAAAUAAAGAUCUUCCAACUGCUUUACAAAGCUGGAGAAAUAGGCAACUAGAGAAGCGUAAAAUCAUGGAUUCUUUAUGGCUAGAAAUGAAAGAGAAGCUGGGAGUACAAUCUAAGGAUGAGAAUUUGGUUAAUCCUUAUGAUGAGGAUCCUGCUCAAGAUGAGGAUGGGAAAACUUUUCAAGAGACUUCAGAGGACCACCAACAUGAUGAGUCAGCGACUCAGGAUUCUAUGUCAGAUGAUAACAAUGAGGCCUCUAAUCCAUGCUCUAUAAAGAAUGGGUCUCCAUUGCAUAAUCCUCCUUCAAAUGUCAACGAAGAGUUUGAUCCAUCCUCUUCCAUGGACACUCAAUCGUUGCAGAAUCCUCCUCUAAACUUUAAAGAAGAGACUGAUCCUUCCUCUUCUUUGGAGACUCAAUCAUUGCGGAAGCCCCCUCUAGAUGUUAAAGAAGAGAUUGAUCCAUCUUCUGCGGAGACUAAAUCAAUGCAGAAUCCUCCUAUAAAUGUUAAUGAACAUUGUGAUCCAUCUGCUUCCAUGGAGGCUCAAUCAUUGCAGAAUCCUCCUCUAAAUGUCAAUAAACAGUUUGAUCCAUCCGUCUCUAUGGAGGAUAAACCUUUGCAGCGGCAUCCUUCAAAUGUCAACGAGGACCUUGAUCCAUCCCGCAUGAAGAAUCAAUCUUUGCUGAAUCCCACUUUAAAAGCCAAUGAGUGUUUUGGUCCGUCUUCAGUAGAGAAUAAAUCAUCAUUGGAAGAUUCUCCUUUAAACAACAAUGCGGACUAUACUCCUAUGGAUUUGAAUGCAGAAAAUAAUCCUGUUACUUCUGGAACAAAUGACACGCGCUCCAUGCCUGACCAGCAUGUUGCUCAGCCAUCUGAAGCACCUUUCACCAUAUCACACCUUGACACUCAUAACAAUUCUGCUACUGGUUCAAAUCCUGGGGAAAUCCCUGGCUCAUCACUCAAGAAUAUGUGGUCUUCAAUCGGAUUGCCUGAAUCUUAUCAUGCUCAUCCAACUACUUUACAUGCUAGUUCUGGUGGACUCACUACUUUGCAUGCUAGUUCUGGUGGACUCACUACUUUGCAUGCUAAUUCUAGUGGACUCACUACUUUGCAUGCUAGUUCUGGUGGACUCACUACUUUGCAUGCUAGUUCUGGUGGACUCUGUCUUAGGCAUCCAGAAGUAGUUGCAGGACAGACAGCCCAUUUGAUUGAUCUGGAGUCUGCAUUGCCUGAAGAUGACACAACAAAGGACCUCUUGAACAGGCAUACAAGUCAUAUGCCUUUCUUCAAUCCUUAUCAAAAUAGGGAUAGAAAUGAGCUGCUGCAUUCUCUAAUUAAGCGUGAGAAUUUUCAUGAGGAGCAAAAAAAGACUGUCUCUGAGUUUCGUCCAACUAAUAUUGUCAUGGAGCCUGCUGUUCAGUUCCCGAGCCAUAUGCAUUUGCCGCCACCAUUUGCAUUGGAUCAUCAUAGACAGAAAGCACAGAGUGAGCUAUAUAUGCAUGAGAACAUUCAAAAUAGCAUUUACUCGGACAACAGUAGGUAUGCUAUCCCAGCGCCAGAAAAUUUUUCAUCCCUGAAUGUGAGAGACUGGAAUAAUCCCCGUCUUUCAAACCCAAUUCAGCCUCCACCAUUGAGUUCUGGUGAAUUGUUAAAUCAUAAUUGGUUUCCUACCGAAAACAGAGCUCAUGGUGGUUGGUCCACGUCGGAUGCUGCUGUUUUUCCAACCCUCCCUACCCCAAGUCUUGGAAGUGUUAGCAGUAGCGACCAGAGCCUCUAUAGUGUACUCUCACAGUGCAAUAUGCGUUCACAGGGUCCAUACAACCCUGUGAACUCUACUGAACAAAUGAUCCCACCGACGAAUUACGGACAAGAACUGGCUGGUGUAAUACCCAUGACAAGCAAUACUUUGCCUCAAACAAUAUCUCCAUUUAACUACUUGAGUGGUGGUGAAGCGUCCACUACCUUGAAGAAUCCCAGCAUGGGGUGGAUGAGCUUGGGGAAUCAACCUUCAUCGAUACAUGAUCCUUCUGGAAAGCCAUUCGUGAAAUCUUGGAAUCAAUGAGCAGUCUCUAUGGACUGUUGAGGAUAGCAACUGAGCCUCCAUGAAACUGAAGUAUGGAGGAGAUGCAUAAGUGGAGUUUUGGCCAAAUCAUGAGGAGAGAUAGGAUGAUAGGCCCGCUGUACAUACCUAUACAACAGCUGAGACCCACACCAUGUAUAUAUAGCUAGUUGUUAGUAGUAGGAAUGGGAACAUCUAAUUCAUCCAAGUAAAAUAUGUUACAACAGGCAAUUUCUUGUAUUUUUAUCCUGAUUUUUAUCUGUGGGAAAUCUGAGUUCCUCAUCUUUUUUAUGGUUAGAGGUCUGUUCCGGCGUUGAGAGGUAUUUUCGAGCCUAGAUUUUGUGUACGAAGGUGGAUAUUGCGCUCCAUGCAUUUGUUGAUCAAUUCUGAAGUCUAAAUUAUGGCUUUUUAGUCACCAAAAUAAAUUUCUAGCCUCUGCAGCUGAGGUCCGUGAUAUGGCUUCCUGUUGCUGCGUUU